AUGCCUAAAGCAGCUGAGAAUGUACAGCGGCUAACUGCGACUGGUCAAAUGUGUCGCUAUGUCAAGAUUGGACGUGCUUUGGUGUUUGAUAAGUUUAAAGAGACCAUAGGCAGUAGCUGCGUAUGGUCUCUUUAAGCUCAUUCAGCCAUACCAUUUUUAAAUCACUGCGCCGGGCCCUCGGUAAGGGAACGAAAAGACUACCAGCAGUUCCGCUUUUUGCGAACUUCGUUGUGAGAGUAAAAUAAAACGAGGAGAAUCUAUGUUUUUUUAUUACUAAAAAAUAUAGGCCCUUGAUGUCAAAAGAUAUUUAAGGCAAUGAUUGGUUUGGGCGUUUUUUCUCAAAGCUAAUUCUCUUGUUCCACUAAUAUUUCCUCGGAACAUUGGUGGUUGUUUUAUCAAUCUUGUUCGUGUGUCAAGAAAAAACAGCUACAGCAACGUAUCUAAGUCUCAAUGGGUGAAGUGUGAAGUGUUUUCUUGGAAGAAUGCGCCGUGGGCAGAAAGGAGAUGUAACAAAUGGCAUCAGGAGGAGCUUAAUCCAGACACAUUCAGAGGUAAUUAUUAAAAACUCCAUUUGUCUUCAGGAAGAAACAGAUUAACGUGUUGUUAAUGAAAAAUAUACUCUCCCAUGCAGUCGAUGCUUCUUAAAGAUAAUGAAGUUUGCGUCUUAAAGUCCGGAGUCAAACGAUAGAGCCUCACUAAUUCGAACUUGGUUAUCGGUGGAGUUAACUCGAAUUAGGGCCGUUUUCCUAGAGGAUGAUUUUUCAGUCAUUAACUUCAGUCACCUCGAAAUCCCCAGCACGUCAAAAUGUUGUAAGCAUUCUUGUGGCACUUCGUUAUUAGCACAUUGGGCAAGAUUCUUCACUCGCGCAUUCCCUUUCUUUCAGAAGAAGCGAGUGUAAAUGGGUACAAUAUAGCCGUCAGGAGAACUUAGAGCUGCCAUCCGAAAGUAUUAGCAAUGCUGCUAAACUUUUCAUGCUUCAAAGACCAACGUAAGCUCCUAUAGAGGGUUGUGGGACUAAACAUGGAUUGAUAUUUCAACAGAGUGAUGGCAAGACCCACCCAUUUCGCAUUUAAGAAAACGUGCCUGCAUGCUUAACGUUAGCGGAUAUUUUUUGACCAGACGAAAGUAGUGACAAGGCGAAAAGGAUUUUGACUUAUGCCACUAUAUCCCAUCAUUAAGGAGAUCCCAGCAUGCAGCCAUGCCCUUUGAUGUUGACUCAGGCUAUGGUAGAUCGCGGGCGCUUCAUGUCUGAUGAGGAAUUCAAUCCCAAAAAUCGUGAUGGAUGCGAUCGAUACUACAAGGGAGCUUUCCAGUGUUUUUUAAUGGUCAAUCCCAGGUCAGUUAUUCUUAAUUUUAGUUUAGUAGAACCUUACUGGCAAAUAACCAUGAGGAAAUGCAGUGAGAUAUCAAAAUCGUCUUUUCUAACUGCUGUUCUUUUUCCUCUUAAAAGAGGCCCCUCUGUGCAACGAAAAAAGGAACUUUAAAGCAGGAAAGAGAGGCUAAUCAGUGCAAAGUUGAAACACAAAAGAUAACUUUGCCUCGAUUGGAUUGACUGGAACCAGUUUGUUUUGUUUUUGUCCGAAUAUAUAUUUAGCGUGGAGCACUGAUUUACUUUUUCCUUCCAUAGUGCCAUAGGCUCUGGUCAGCAAUGCUGCUUUAACAGGUAUGGCAACUUAGGAUGGGCCAACCAGAUGCAGAGUUCCUUGACCGUGUUCAUCCUAAUGCUGGUCUCCCUGUGA